AUGGAAGCAGCAUCAAAUGUAGGCGAUUUCGGAAAACUUUAUCGCCUCAUACGCCAAUCAUCUGGCAAACGCCUUAACAGUCAUGCUGUGUUACGCACAGCAUCAGGAGAAAUUAUUUCGGACACCAAUGUCAAUAGGGCAUGCCACUCUACAGAAGAAAAGGAAGAUAUGGAUUUAGUUCAGCUACUUAUUCUAGAUAAACGUAAGUGA